CCCCUGAUAAAGAGGGGAAAAGUAGCAGUUUGCUCUCACACUCUCUAGCAAGGAGGGAGCUCCAUGGUGCCUGCGUACCUAGUUGCAUUUCCUCUUUGCCUCCGUGCUGUUCAGAGCUGCCCUAGAUCAUGAGCUGCUUUAUGACACCACUGUUGAAGGUUUCUCACGAAGGGUGAGAAAGAGCCUUGCGCUGUCUCUUCUCCCCGCCCUGGCUGCAGAACAUCAUCCUAUUUCGCAAGGGCCAUUUCCCCAUCAAGUGACCAGUGAUAAGAAAGAGAAACCAACCCCUGAUACCUCCUCUCCAAAGGUCUGCAGGGUCCUAAGAGCAGGUCAUCGCGGUGCACAGCCCUGGGUAGGUGACUGGGACAUCCCAGUUCAACCAUCUCAGCCCUGCAAUUGCACCUGCAGAAACCCAACCUGUGGGACAGAAGGUGGCUUGUGGCUACGAGGGCAUUAACAGGACCCACAGGAAGCCACUCAGCUGCUCAGUGCCUCCGAACCAACGCCUCUCUCUGAAGAAGCUCUGAGGACAGAGGGAGCCCAGAGGGCCGCGAUGCUGGCCGUGACCUACGGGCUUGCCUUUGGUGCUUGGCUGGUGGCACAGAACAAGGCUACAUCAAGUCCCCCCACAGUCUUCAUCUUCCUACAGCCACCUGGGGUGAUCCCACCAGGAGGCUCCACCACCAUCUGCUGCAGUUGCCGUUGUGACAGUGGGAAGUUUGUGCUGUACAGGAAUGGCAUAAAGCUCCGCACCCUGGAGCUGCGUGGCAGCAGGGCUGAGUUCUCCAUCUAUAAUGCCACCAAAAGCGACAGAGGUAGCUACAGCUGUCAUUACCUGGAUGGAGGCAACGUGCUGGCUUACAGCAACUCCGUGGAGGUCAGGGUGGAAGAUUUCCAUCUUCACAAACCUGUCCUCUCCAUCCUUCCUGGGCUUGAGGUGAAUGCAGGAGCUUACGUGACUGUCCGUUGCACCAUCGAGGACUCCGAUGCUGGCUGCUUCCUGUACCUGGAGGGCCAGGCCAAAGACUUUCCCUUCCUCCCAAAGGGACAAGACAAUAUCAAUCUCUCCCAUGUGCAUAAAGGCAAUGAGGGCCGCUACAGCUGCCAGUGUUUCACCGGGGUCAGUUCUAUCAAAUGGUCUGCUACCAGUGAGCCCCUCUAUUUGGUGGUGAAAGAUUACACCUGGAUCAACAUGGUGCGUCUGGUGCUGGGUUCGGGGGUCCUGCUCCUGCUGGGGCUGAUCGUGGCCGAGGCCCUGUGCACCCACCGGCUGGGGUCCCGCUAGCCCGGCCCGCAGCGCCCUGGGGCCCUGCACACAGGGCUGCCAGCAGGCGGGACCAGCAGGAAAACGGGAUUCCACCCUGGCGUGGGGGUCAAUAAACCAUCCCUGCCCAUUGGCUGCUCUGGGAGUCACUGCGGGAUGGGAUGGGAUGUGAUGGGAAUGGGAUAGGAAUGGGAUGAGGUGGGAUAGGAAUAGGAUGGGACAGGAAUGGGAUGGGAGAGGAAUGGGAUGAGAUGGGACAGGAAUGGGAUGAGGUGGGAUACGAGUGGGAUGAGAUUGGACAGGAAUGGGAUGAGAUGGAGCAGGAAUGGGAUGGGACAGGACAGGAUGGGAUGGGAUGGGACAGGACGGAGUGAGAUGAGACGGGACAGGAGGGGGCUGGAGUCUGGCCUGGGGUCCUAGGAGGAGGGGGCACUAUGGCCUGGGAGAUGGAGUCUAGAGGUCUGUCCAUGUCCUCUGUUCCCAGUGUCCCCAGGGCUUAGUAACCAGUCCCAGACAUUGCUCACAUUCGUUUAUUGUUUCAAACCACGGACGGCACACAGCACACCAUGACCCGUAUAUAUAAAUUUAUAUCCGGGGCACAGUAAAUCUAUAUAUACAGGACCUUUACACCUCGCUAUACUUGGGACACAACGUUCCAGAAGAGCUUAACCGGCUACAACAAAACUCUUUUUGUUAUGAAAACACAGAGAGGAGGUGCCAAUAUCAAAACCACGGGGGGAAAAAAAAGAAAUUAAAAACAAGUGCAAAAAUGAAUGAAAGUGCAAAAAAGCUUCUGUCAUCAUCAUCACACUCCUUCCAAACCACCCCUUGUCCCCACUCCAAGGGCGAGUGAGCCGCAGGCCCCAGCAGGAGCUGGGGAGGAAGGGAGCCAGGCUGCAGCCGAGGGGUCUCCAUCCCUCUCCGCUCUGUGUCCCCUCUCUGACACCCCUCCUUG